AGACCCUUCUGGGAGUGGUGAUCAGUCAUGACAGAGUUCAGAGCUUAAUAAAGAUUUGUUUUUCUGGAAAACCCAUCACCACAGGCAGCUUUCUGAAGGUAAGAGUGCCCAGCACCCUCAAAGCUUCCAGAAAUAGAGAAUGUGGCCUUUUCUAACCCCUUGCAGUGAGUGAGGUGAGGCACGGAUAGCCUGGUAACCCAGAGCCUUACACUACCAAUUAGCAGGAAGCAGGCAGAAAAGCCUGGCCAGCCCGCACAGCCCUUGGGGCUGAUGGAGAAGCUGAGGAAGCCACGUGGACCAGCUGUCCUAGCUGUGUUCUCACGAAGCCCUUCCUCCCCCAGCUUGCUUCCCAGAGCCCUGCCUUGUCUCAAAGAGAAGAGAACAAUGACUAAGUCACAGGAAGCAGUGACGUUCAGGGAUGUGGCCGUGGUCUUCAGUGAGGAAGAGCUGGGGCUGCUGAACACUGCUCAGAGGAAGCUGUACCAUGAUGUGAUGCUGGAGAACUUCAGGAACCUCCUGGCAGUGGGAUGCCAGAGUCCAAAUAAGAUGGCGCCUCUUGACGCAACAGGAAUAAGGUGCCUUUCACUGGGGAAGCUUCCAUGUUGGCACAUGAUAAGCCAUGAUGUCAACAAACUAGCCAGCGCUCCAGAAAAAGGAAUAAACACUCAAGGAAAGGGUACUCACCUCCUGGAGCAGUGUCACUCCCCCUGCCAUUGGGGAGCAGAACAGCCUUCUCAGGCCCCGGAGGAAGAUGGCUAUCUUGAGAGUCUCAUAAUCGAUCAUCCCAGCAGUAGUGAAAAACAGGAAUUUCUCUCUGGGAGGGCUCAGAGUUCUUGGAGUAAAGCACAUCUUAGUGAGAGAUGGAACUAUGGGAAACACUGUCCUCAGACUCUGGUGAAAACUAAGCCACAGCUGUUGGCUCCAGGUGUUAACAUUCUGGGUUGCAUUUCCCACCACAAUAACAAUAUACUGCAUAAAAGAGAUAAAGUCCACAGCAGCGGUGACUGUGAUAAAGUCAUUUUUCCCAUGACACACCUCACCCAGCAUUGUGUUUAUAGAGAACAGAAGGCCUACCAGUGCAGUAAGGGCCAAGAAGCCUUCAAUGACAGCCCUAGUCUGGAACUUCAUCAACAGAGCCUCUUAGGAAAGAAGUCCCCUGUCCAUAGUACUCCCAAGGACACCAAGCAUAGCCCCAGUGUCCCCAUUCAACAAAGUGUUCAUCUAGGAACAAAGCGCUACUGGUGUCAUGAGUGUGGCAAAGGUUUCAGUCACAACUCAACUCUUCAGACACACCGGAGAGUGCACACAGGGGAGAAACCCUACAGGUGCAACAGCUGUGGGAAGGCCUUCAGCCGCAGCUCAGAUCUCAACAUCCACCGCCGAGUGCACACUGGAGAGAAACCUUACAAGUGUGAGGUGUGUGGGAAGGGCUUCACACAGUGGGCACACCUCCAGGCCCAUGAGAGAAUUCACACAGGAGAGAAGCCAUAUAAGUGUGGAGACUGUGGCAAAUGCUUUACCUGCAGCUCGAACCUUCACACCCACCAGAGAGUCCACACUGAGGAGAAACCAUACAAGUGUGAUGAGUGUGGGAAGUGCUUCAGCUUAAGUGGCAACCUAGACAUCCAUCAGCGGGUCCACACAGGAGAGAAGCCAUAUAAAUGUGAAGAGUGCGGGAAGGAUUUCAGUUCAGCCUCAAGCUUCCAAAGCCACCAGCGGGUCCAUACAGGAGAGAAGCCAUUUGUCUGCAAUAUGUGUGGGAAGAGCUUCAGUCGGAGCUCACAUUUUCUAGAUCACCAAAGAAUUCACACCGGGGAAAAACCAUAUAGGUGUAAAGUGUGUGGGAAGUGCUUCCCCUGGAGCUUGAGCCUUCAUAGUCACCAGAGUGUGCACACAGGAGAGAAACCGUAUAAAUGUGAGGAGUGUGGGAAGGGCUUCAGUCAUGCCUCAAGUCUGCAGGCUCAUCACAGUGUCCACACCGGUGAAAAACCAUUCAAAUGCAAUGUUUGCCAGAAGCAGUUCAGCAAGACCUCAAACCUCCAGGCCCACCAGAGGGUUCACACCGGGGAGAAGCCCUACAAAUGCAACACAUGUGGGAAAGCCUUCAGCCAGAAAUCCAGUCUCCAAGUCCAUCAGAGAAUUCACACUGGGGAGAAGCCAUUCAAGUGUGAGGAGUGUGGGAAGGAAUUCAGAUGGAGCAUGGGGCUUAGGUCUCACCAGAGGGUCCACACAGGAGAGAAACCCUACACGUGUCAGCAGUGUGGGAAGGGCUUCAGUCAGGUCUCGUACUUCCAUACGCACCAGAGGGUCCACACUGGAUAGAGACCCUAAAUCGGCAGCAUUUGCUGUAAGGGCUAUCGUCAGAGAUCACAUCUCGUCUUCCCCCAGAGAAUCCACACUGCAUGGAAUCUUUAGUUCCUGCUGUUGGGUGGCUCUGUGCUGCUGGUUGUUAAAAGUCCCCAACACUCAGAGGCUUCAGGUGACUUCAUAGGAGCUUUAUUUUGGUAUUUUGCCCUCAACUUAUUCUCCUAUUGUACUCAUGCAAAGGGAAGAGAGUAUUUUAGAAUGGAUCUUCUUAGCUUAAUAAAUAAAGUUAAAGAAUUAAA